AUGCUGGCCGCCUGGUUCCCAGGCGCGCCCCUGCCGCUCAACAUCAGCGUGCAGCUGGAGGUGGACGGGCAGCCCUGCGACCCACCCUUUGACAGCACCAUCAACCGGUCUGGGUUCAUCAUCAAGCGCAUAUACAGCAUGACGGAGCUGGCCGGCUGCCACCUCACCAAUUUUCGGCGCGGCGCGGGCGACGCGGCGCUCACGUUGGUCAUAACGCGCGGCGGGCAGCGGAGCGCACUGCGGGGCGGGCAGGAGGCGGGGCAGGGGGAUGUAGAGGCAGCGCCGCAGAUCCCUGCCACGCCGAGGCUGGCGGAGCCCAGGGAGCCCGGCCGCACGGCGGGUGCGCAGCAGCAGGGGGCCGGCAUCCAUCGGGCUCAGGGGGGCGUACUGCCGGCGGCGCCCGCAGCGGAGCAAGCGACGCGCGCGGACGUCCCCGGGCCGACGGCGGGGCGCGCCCGCCGUGAGGGCGAGACGCCUGGCGCGAGGCGGCAGCAGGCGGCGCCCGCGGCCAUGCCUUGGGCGGCGGCUCCGGCCGCGGUGGAAGCUGAGGGGGUGGCCCCGGCCAUGCUGGCGGGCUUGGCCCAAUUGGAGGUGCCUGUGCCGGCGGCGCCACUCGCGGCUGGCGGCGCGGCUGCAUUGAACGCGGCCGCUGCCGCGCUGCAGGAGGCUGCCUUGUUGGCGUAUGAAGAGGUGCUGCGCGCGGCCGAGGCGCUGGGCCUGCCGCCCGAGCGCCUUGACACGGUGUGCGGCGGCGUGCAGGCGGCGACCGAGGAAGCGGGCGGCUGCCGGCGGUUCCUGGGGAUGGAGUACCCGCGGCUGCGGCGUGCGUGCGCGGCGGGGGCGAUGGACGUUGUGAGGGCCUGGAUGGAGCGGGUGGCAGGAUCAGGCGGCGGCUGA